AUGGGUGGUUCCGAGGAGAGAGUUGUAGCUGUGAUCAUGGUGGGUGGACCCACUAAAGGAACACGAUUCAGGCCAUUGUCAUUGAAUAUCCCUAAACCUUUAUUCCCCUUAGCAGGACAACCAAUGGUUCACCAUCCAAUUUCUGCUUGUAAAAGGAUUCCAAACUUGGCUCAGAUCUAUCUCGUUGGUUUCUACGAAGAGCGUGAAUUCGCACUGUAUGUGUCUGCCAUCUCAAAUGAACUCAGAGUGCCUGUCAGGUAUCUGAGAGAGGACAAACCUCAUGGUUCAGCUGGUGGUCUUUAUAACUUUAGAGAUCUGAUCAUGGAGGAUAAUCCGGCCCAUAUUUUUUUGCUGAAUUGUGAUGUCUGCUGCAGUUUUCCUCUCCCUGAAAUGCUUGAAGCACAUAAAAGAUAUGGUGGGAUCGGAACUCUCCUUGUAAUCAAGGUCUCGGUGGAGUCAGCCAGCCAGUUUGGAGAAUUGGUAGCUGAUCCAGUGACAAAAGAAUUGCUGCAUUACACAGAGAAACCUGAGACAUUUGUUAGUGACUUGAUAAACUGUGGUGUCUACGUGUUUACUCCGGAAAUAUUUACGGCCAUCCAAGGAGUUUCUACUCAACUGAAAGACAGGGCUAACCUUCGACGUGUGUCGAGCUUUGAAGCUCUUCAGUCAGCCACAAGGAGUUUCCCUUCAGAUUUUGUGAGGUUGGAUCAGGACAUUCUGUCACCUCUUGCAGGGAAAAAGCAAUUAUACACAUACGAAACCAGAGACUUCUGGGAACAAAUAAAAACUCCUGGAAUGUCUUUGAAAUGUUCUGCUCUGUAUCUCGCUCAAUUUCGAUUCACUUCUCCGCAUCUGUUGGCUAGUGGUGAUGGUUCAAAGAGUGCCACUAUUGUUGGUGAUGUUUAUAUUCAUCGGUCCGCCAAAAUUCACUCAACUGCUAAGAUUGGUCCUAAUGUGUCGAUAUCAGCCAAUGCUCGUAUAGGACCAGGUGCAAGGCUAAUCAGUUGCAUCAUCCUCGACGACGUUGAAGUCAUGGAAAACGGGGUUGUUAUCAAUGCUAUUGUUGGGUGGAAGUCUUCCAUUGGGAAAUGGUCUCGGGUCCAGGCUGAAGGUGCAUACAAUGCAAAACUGGGUAUCACAAUUCUCGGUGAAGCUGUAACGGUGGAAGAUGAAGUGGUGGUAGUGAACAGCAUUGUACUGCCGCACAAGACUUUGAAUGUUAGUGUCCAGGAAGAGAUCAUUUUAUAG